AUGAAGUCCAACUUCAACCUCAACUGCUUAGUAUUAGGCGACCACCCCAGGAACAUAUUCCCGGUCAAGAUUGUAUCGACGAAGCUCGUUGAUAACCUGAAAGAUUUGAUCAAGGAAAAGACACAUGCAUUUCGCGACCUGGAUGCAGACGCUCUCCAGCUAUGGAAAGUCGACUUGCCUGUCGAUGACACUCUCGAGAGUAAUAUCGACGAACUCAAACUAGAUUACAAGAAAGCAUUAUCGCCUGUGGACCAAAUGUUUGAGGUUUUCGACACCCCUCCUCAGCGUAAGCACCUGCAUAUUGUUGUCCAGCCGUUACCUGCUCGUGUUCCUCACUCAGCCGGCUACUCGUUGAUCAACCUCAACUGCCUAGUAUUAGGCGACCACCCCGGGAACAUAUUCCCGGUCAAGAUUGCAUUGACGGACACUGUUGGUAACUUGAAAGAGUUGAUCAAGAAAAGUAGAACUGCAUUUCGCGACCUGGAUGUAUGCACUCUCCGGCUAUGGAAAGUCGACCUGCCUGUCGACGACUCCUUCGAGCGUACUGUCAAUGAGCUCGAACUAGAUCAGCAGAAACUAUUAUCGACUGUGGAUGGAAUGUUCGAGGUUUUUGACAGUCCUCAGUAUAAGCACCUGCAUAUCGUUGUCGAACCGCUACUUCCUUACGGCGACCGCAGCCAUUUGCGACCGUCGCCUUCUGCAAUCCUGGUUAGGACACAGCCACUUCGUGGACAGUACAAUUCUCCCCAGGGGGCUCCUCCCUCCCAGGCCAAACCUUCUGAAUUCAAAGCCAUACAGCAAAAGUCAGACCAGUUCGUUUACUGGAAUUGA